AGAUGGAGGCCAUGGAGGUGGACUUCCCCGUGGAGGGAGGCGGUGGUGGGCGGCUGGAGGAGGUAGUUCCGGUGGCGGGUCCAGCCGGAGAUCCCUCCCGCCCGCAGGGUUUCUCAGACUCCGGCAGCAGCACCGAGGUGGACGAGGACGAAAACGAAAACGACGAGGGGCCUCUCCGGCUCCCGGCCACGUGGGCGUUCAGCCAGAGGGUGGUGGACAGAGCCUCAGCUCCACCUUCGGCCGCUCCAGGGACGCACACUCGGAGGAGACUCAGGCAGGGUCUGCGGGUGCACUACCCCAGCCAGUCUGCAGCCCCCUCCAGAGGCUUCCCAGACUUCCUGCUCCGAGCUCCGGCCGCCGCCGUCCCCGAACCCGAGUCCGGCAGCACCACCGAGGUCAGCGACUCUGAGGACGAGGGGGGGGGGAGAGAGGGGAUUCCUGCUGUUGCUCAGCCCACCGAGCCCGUCCCAUCUGCCGGUCCUCUGCAGGACCCACCCCCAGAACCACAGGCAGCCACUUCAACCAACUCUGGUUCACCUUCAGAUGGCGACAGGACAGAAGUUCAAAAUCAGCAUAAUCAGCCGCCGCACUCCGAGGACUCGGAGGGCGACGCGUGCAGCAUCUGCUUCGAGGCGUGGACGACGGCGGGCGAGCACCGGCUGUCCGCGCUGCGCUGCGGACACCUGUUCGGAUUCACCUGCAUCCAGCGCUGGCUCAAGGCUCAGGGCUCCGCCGGGAAAUGCCCACAGUGCAACAAGAAAGCAAAGCGGACCGACAUCGUGCUGCUGUACGCUCCGAAGCUGAGAGCCCUGGACAACUCUGAGCAGGAGAGCCUGAAGAAGUCUCUGGAACAGGAGCAGUCUCUGAGGAGAAAGGCUGAACUGGAGUCGGCCCAGUACAAGCUCAAACUGCAGGUGGUCACUAACCAGUACGGACAGGCACAGCAGGAGCUUCAGGAGCUGAAGGCCUUGAUGGCUCACACCAGCAGGAGCUGUGUCCCCUCCUCCUCCUCCACUUCCCCCCUCCUCAGUCUGUCUCAGCGGGCCGACGGCUCCAAAAAGGCCGGGUACAGCUUCUCUAAGGCCCUGCUGGUGUCUCAGGCGGGUGGCUGCCGGGUUUUGUCCUACUGUGAACCUCUGAGCUGCCUGCUGGCCUCUCAGCCUUCUCCCCACUCCACACUGGUGCCCGGUUGUGGGGUGAAGAAGGUGAGCGUGGUGAACAUGAAAGCAAGUCAGUACGUUCCCAUCCACAGCAAACAGAUCCGAGGCCUGAGCUUCAACAGGCAGAACGACAGCCUGCUGCUGUCCGCCGCGCUGGACGGCACCAUUAAACUGACCAGCCUGCUGACCAACACAGUGGUCCAGACCUACAACGCCGGUAAACCCGUGUGGAGCUGCUGCUGGUGCCUGGACAACAGCAACUACGUGUACGCCGGUCUGAGUAACGGCUCGGUGCUCAUCUACGACACCAGAGACACCAGCACACACGUCCAGGAGCUGCAGCCGCUGCGCUCCAGAUGUCCGGUGGCGUCCCUCUGCUACGUCCCGCGCGCGGCCUCCAGCUCCUUCCCCUGUGCGGGGCUCAUCGCCGGGUCCCUGGAGGGGGGGUACUUCUGGGAGCAGGUGAACGAAACCACCUACAGGCCGCACUUCCUCCCGCUGGAGAACGGGGGCUGCACGGACAUCCAGGUGGAGCCGGAGAGCAGACACUGCCUGGUCACCUACAGACCGGGCCGCUCCCACCCGUCUCUGCGCUGCGUGCUGAUGGCUCUGGACCGGAGCCCCCAGCAGGACUCCGGCCAGCUGCCCGGCUGCUCCUGCUCGCCCGUGCAGACCUUCAGCGCCGGCUCCUCCUGCAAGCUGCUCACCAAGAACGCCGUCUUCAAGAGCCCCGACGGAGCCGGGAUGCUGGUCUGUGCCGGGGACGAGGCCUCCAACUCCACCAUGGUGUGGGAUGCAGGCAGCAGCUCGGUGCUCCAGAAGCUUCCGGCCGACCUGCCGGUGCUGGACAUCAAACCCUUCUCGGUGAACGGCGAGCACUUUCUGGCCGCGCUCACGGAGAAGAUGCUGAAGCUCUACAGAUGGGAGUGAACCGGAGUCCCAGAGCACAAAGCAAAGGCAGGAUGCAUUCUGGGUAAAACGUGGACAUCUACAUGCUGCUAAACAUUCACACAGAGGAAGAAAAAAAAAAAAACAAACCCAGGGAGUGAUGGACUUGAGGAAACUUUUCUUUUACCUUUUUUAUUUUUUUGAUUUCCUUUAUUUUAUUUAGCUCAUCUUUCAGGUGUUUGUGGUUUUUUUCUGGGUCUGGGGCAGCUUUAUGUUGGGACUCAGGUCAUUCUUACUUAGCCUAAAAGUUGGUCAAAUCUGAGUCUUUACAUCAUGAAAAUGAACAGAUGUCCUCUCUCCGCCUUCUGAUUGUCUUUUCAUUUAGUGGUUAUGGCUCUAAGAAGUGUCAUUUUCUAUUUCAGACCAAAAGGUUUAGUCCUUGUUUUUUGAGCUGGAAUGUAAUAGUCAUCUGGACCUUAUUAUUUAACUUUGAUUUGACUCUUAACACUGAUUUAUCCCCAAGCAGAGUUUUUACAUAUCAUUUGUUACAUUUUAUAGCAGCAUCCCUCCCACCACAACACACCUAGGCUAAAAAAAAAAAAGUAAUUUUCUGAUUUGAAACUUGGUUGUUAAGCUAGUUUUAAACAGGAAGCUCUCAGUCCAGGCUCUCUGAAUAUUCCUAAACUUGUUUUUUUUGUAGGUAAGAAGUGUAAUCAUGCUGAAAUCCACCUCAUAAAAUAGCAGCAUCACCACAAACAUAACUGAUAAUGAACCUGGUGAGUUCCACUGGCCGCCCUGACCCAGACCCAGAUUUAUUAUUCCCUACUUUUGCGUGUUGUUUUUCUUUAAGUGCCAGAAGCCAGCGAUCAAACUUGAAGUGGAAAAAAGCUAACUGGAACGUGCAAACAUCCAUCUGGAAACGAUCCAGAAACGUUAGAAACUUCUUCAGCUUGUUUAUGACCGCCCCGUUUAAAUGAAAGGACCACCAGCUCAGAGGCCUUGAACUGACCACAUUUCAAUUCCUCAUGAAAAUCAAAACUCCAUACUUGGAGUGUUUUAAUUCAGUCCGACUCCGGGUCCAGUUAAACAGCUGCGUUUCCCUCUCUGGCUCAUUUUCAUCGUCUUAAGACAGAACUGUCCUUUUCACUCCGAACGGAACAUUAAGUGCCAAAGUCAACUAUUGUAAAUGUUACUUUUUUGUCUUUUAAAGGUUGUAUAUAUGUAUAUUUGCUACCAACUGUGUACAACUUCAAAGUUAAUAAAAUUGUGAUUUAUUUUGAAUUGAA